AUGGGGAUGGAAGUGGGGGUAACCAACCAGGACGGCAGCUAUCAGAAGGCUGGGGUCAGCUGGGGUGCCCUCCUGCCCCUAUGCCCUGGGGUCCUCACCUGCUGCACAUUUGAGCUUGGUGAGGAUGGCCUGAGUCUGGGUGUCACGCUCCCCACGCUGCUGCAGGAGAAGGUGCCAAAAUUCUUCAGAUCUGUGUCCAACUUCUCCAGCUUCAGCAAGGCCUUCUUCCUCGUGGCCUCCACCCAAGCUGUGUCCAAGGGUGGGGGCUCCACGCCACUCUCAGGGAUGGCAUCAGGCGCAUUCUGCAGCUCCCUGAGGGAGGACCUGGCCAUCAGGGGCCCACGUGCAGGGGGGGCGGGUGCCUCCCAGCGGCCCUCACCCCCAUCGGGAGAGCGCCCAGGCGGGCGGGAUCCUGUCCCAAGACCCUCCCCACUGCCCACCAAGUCCAGCGCCGCCACACCAGGGAUGGGGCUCCUGGCCAGACUGUUGGCUCAAGAGCUGAACGCUCGGCCGGACCAUGAUGGCCCAUCUCUGGGGCGGGAACCAGACUCCGGAGGACCACUACCCAGGGACCCCAAGGGUCGCUACACGCUCCCAGCCACCAUUCUGACAGCAGCCUCCUCCAAGCCACGGGCGGCCUCUACCCCGACGCGGCCGAACAGCCGAAGCCGCAGCGCCGGGCGAGUCCCGCGGCUGAACCCGGCCGCAGUCGCGGCCGGGAGACGGGAGUGGGGCACCUGGGCGCCCUGCGCGGCCCGGCGGGCGGGCGGGCGGGCUGGUCCCGGCCCCUGUCCUGGAAGGAGAGAGAGCGUUAGCGCGCCGGGCCUGCCGGGGCCGACGGGCGGGACGCUGCGGCCGGAGCCCGGGCGCGAGAAGGACGCCACCCCUGCCCGGCCCGCCACCGCCCCCCGCCUGCGGCCGGACGACGUCUUCAUCGCGGUCAAGACCACCCGAAAAAACCACGGGCCGCGCCUGGGACUACUGCUGCGCACUUGGAUCUCCCGGGCCCGACAGCUGACGUUUAUCUUUACCGACGGGGACGACCCUGAACUACAGCUCCAGGGAGGUGGCCACGUCAUCAACACCAACUGCUCCGCCGUGCAUACCCGCCAGGCUCUGUGCUGCAAGAUGUCAGUGGAAUACGACAAGUUUAUUGAGUCUGGACGCAAAUUUCUACACGUUCCCAGGUGGUUCUGCCACGUGGAUGAUGACAAUUAUGUGAACCCCAAAGGCCUGCUGCAGCUGCUGUCCACCUUCUCACCUAGCCAGGACAUCUACCUGGGGCGGCCCAGCCUGGACCACCCCAUCGAGGCUACUGAGAGGAUCCAGGGAGGUGGAACCGUGACCACGGUCAAGUUCUGGUUCGCUACUGGUGGGGCCGGGUUCUGCCUAAGCAGAGGCCUUGCUCUCAAGAUGAGCCCAUGGGCCAGCCUGGGCGGCUUCAUGAGCACAGCCGAGCGGGUGCGGCUGCCAGACGACUGCACGGUGGGCUACAUCGUGGAGGGGCUGCUGGGCGCCCGCCUGCUGCAUAGCUCACUGUUCCACUCCCACCUGGAGAACCUACAGAAGCUGCCACCUGACACCCUGCUCCAGCAGGUCACUUUGAGCUACGGGGGACCCGAGAACCCUCAUAACGUGGUGAAUGUGGCUGGGGGCUUCAGCCUGCAGCAGGAUCCCACACGGUUUAAGUCCAUCCACUGCCUUCUCUACCCGGACACGGACUGGUGUCCUGUGCAGAAGCAGAGCCACCUCGCUCCUCGGUGAUCCCCGACCCAAAAGCCUGGCUCUGCCCCAGGUGCACGUGGGCGAACAGUGCUGGAACAGUGCUGUCCCCGCCUGGGCUCAGUUGGCUACUCCAGGCGGCGACAGCCGGGCCCUCAUCCAGGGAGAUACGUGCGCCCAGCAGGCUCUCCAGCUGACCGGCAGGCCUCCCCACAGCCCCGGGCAGGCCCGGGUGAGCUGGUGCUGUGGGAGAGGAGGACAGUGCUGGGGGCGUGGGAGGGGGCUGGCAUCUGCCUCCCAGGGCUCCAUCCUGUUCCCAUCUGCUGGAGCGAGGAUUCUUGGCCAGGGUCGGGUGUGAGAUGCUGCCCCCUAGAGGUGACUGUCGGACGCCUUACUUGCUGUUCUCUUGGGAUGCCACCCUUCCCACACCAGGUCUGGAGCCCAGCCAGGGCCUCUGCCUCCACUGGGAACUGCCCACAAGGGUGCAGACCCUCUGGACAGCUGUGCUCUUGGGUGCAGCUUACUCCUGGCCAGGUUGUCUCCAUUCAGAGGCCACCUUCUCGGGGUCUCUUGGCCGAGAGGUCCUUCCUGAGGGACCUCGAAGACACUUUUCCUCCACUCUGACUCAUUGCUCAGUACUUUCCAUCCUUCCCCCCUCCCGGGGGCCACAAGUCCAUGAAACAGCAGGAGCCUCUUGUUUGGGGCCCCCUCUGCAGUGAGACGUCCCCAUCCCACCAGUCGACCCACAUUGACCUUGACAGUGCCUUUCCACAGGAGGAGGAAACAGAACAAGGGGAGCCAGCACCUGCCUUCUGGUCUCUCGCGCUGCUAUUGCAACAAGUGAAUAAAGGCUUGACUGUUACUG